UCCAAUGUCACAAUAGUCACAACAAUAAGAGCCACCCUUUCUAACAGCCGGUCUUAGUGUAUUUUAUUUACUCUGUACAUGGCGGAAGUUGAUGGAUAUGGAAAGUCGUAUCAGAUGAAAAACAAAGUUCCUCUAGUAUCUUUUGCGGAGUUUGAAAUCCGUUAAUUCGACUUUAAAACGAUAGUGAAGGUCACUAUUGAUACAAGGUUUUUAUAUGGGACAGUGAAAUGUAGAGGUAUUACUCCGGAAAUGUUGAAGAAUACUACCCCAUAGAUGUCCAACGGUCACUGUUUCCAGCUAGCGCCUCACCCAAACCCCAGUGUUGCGCUGGAUAGAGUUGUAUUAGAAGCCAAGUAGAAAGUUCCAAGUAAGGUAGGUGGUACACUACGGAUGAUUCUAGGCUUCGGUAGUUGGAAGCUCCCCGGGAACGUAGUCAUUAGAUACGUUGUAAAAGCAACUAUAAAAACCCAUAUCGUGCAGUCGUCUACGAUAGCAAACCACCCCUUCAUGUUAAACUAUAUUUCUCUUUUAUACUCCAUCUGAUCUCUUCGGUAUCAUGAAAUUUGUCAGCACCUGCGCCCUAUUCGGUGCGAUUAUCACACCAGCUCUAGCUGAGGAUAAUCCCACUUGGGCUGGUGCUGUAAUUACAAGUACCAACAUCACCAAAAUUGAAGGCACCCUCGUUAUCCCUAAGAUGGCGAAAAGGGAAGACGGCUUUAUGGGUGCUUGGAUUGGAAUUGAUGGCUCAACAACCGCUUCUUUGUUCCAAGCGGGGUUCACCCUGUAUGUGGAUCCUAAAUUCGACGACAAUGCAUUUGCUGAAUGGCUCCCGGAUUCUGCGGUGGAAACGCUUAACCUGUAUGCGAAGCCUGGUAACAAAAUCAAGAUUGCUCUCGAGGCAACCAGCAAGGAUUCAGGAAAGGUUAACAUUGAAAACUUGACAACUGGUAAGAAGGCCAACUAUACCUUCACCAAAGACAAUCACAGUCACCAGUCUCUAUACUUCUUAGAGGCGUCCUGGAUUGUGGAAAACAAUAACAGGCAUUUACCCAACUUUGGAUCUGUUACUUGAACUGAUUGCAAGGCUACAACAUCGGAUGGAAUGGUUCUGAAACUAGACUCCAAGACCCAGAUUUUCAACGUCAAAAACCUCAACGAUGGCCGUCGGUAUACUGAUUGCAGAGUGACUGGAAACGAUGUCACUUGCAAAUACAUCGGAUAGAAGAGAUGGUUCCGAUAACAGAUAUUAGAUUAAUAAAUAUAUUUUUAAUAUCUCUAACAACAGC